GAAACUUGCUGGAAAUCUGACACUUCAAUUAUAUUCUGGUUCACAUUUCUGGUUCACAUAGUUCACCAUUUUGAGGUUAUUGUUUGUUUUGAUAUAUCUGGAUUUUUUAAAAAUCACAAACUAUUAAUUAUUCAUUUUGCAAAUAAUAAUCAGGCAAUCACAUGGAGAAGGACAAGAGCAGGGGCCGCAAACAUAUUCAGGAUAAGCACAAAUACAAAGGGAACACAGUCAAAAACCCAAAACACGUACCGUUACCUACCAAGCCUGUUUUGGAGUCGAAUGAGGACAGAUACGUAGAGGACAAAUCAAACUCGCACAGUUUCCAGCUAAGCAGUAGCACUGACUUUGCAAUACUUUCAAAGACACCUAUCAGCAGGGGGCAUCAUUUUCAGUUCAAAAGUGAUAAACUCCUUGCUGAUGAAGCAGAAACAAAGGCUUCCGGUGAUUUGUUUUCAAUAGAUGUUGAAGCAAUACAUAAUAGCAUAUUGACUGUACCCUUCUAUGAAAGAAUUCAAAUGGAUGAAGCUUAUUUUUCCGAAUCUGAAAAGAAGUACAUGAGAAGUGAGGCUGCUGAACAUUUGAGAAGGACCUUAGAAAAGCUAAAAAGGUGUGAAGAGAAAAAACCAAAGCAUAAAGAACCCAACAAGAUAGACCAUGAUGUUUCAGAUAUCCAGAAAGACAUUGAAAAAUGUGUUCUAGAUAGCCUGACAAGUUGUACAGAAAAAAGAAAAAGCAGGUCUGAUGGAAACAAAAGGACUGUACCUGAUAAUGAUUUAGAGCAGUGGUUGGAUGAUAUAUUGGAUGAUUAAAUGAGUUGGUUGUACUGUUUUAAAAAAAGAACUUUAUUGCAUCUAAAAAAGAAAUCUUAUGAUCUGACUCUACUUCAAUGAUAAACUUAUUCUUUUGUGAUAACUGCUAAAGGCAAAUAUAUAUGUGAAG